UUAAAUAUGAAAAAAAUUAAAACGUAUACGCAUCUGAAUAUCCGUAACAUUUUUUUUUCGAUCGAGGAGGAUUAAUAUAUAUUGUUUUGAGCCAACUGACAGUUAUUGAUUCAAUGAACAGUGAGCAGUGAAGUUGAAGAUGAUUUGGUUUAAGAUUACUCCACUUAUUGUUAUCGAAGUUCUGUUGAUCUUCAAUGUACAAACAAGUCCAUUCAGCAGCGAUGAAAAACCGAACAAGAUUUCAAAACGAGAUGUAGAAAGCGUCGUUUCGUCAUCGCCUAUCAAAUUAAUCCCUCCUGAAAAAAUAGAAAAAUUGAGAAAAAUCGCCAGCAUGGAAAAUUCGCCAAUAAAAUUUCGUUGGUCUGCUGAUAAUUCAUCAUUUAUGCAAGAUCUCGAAGACAUGUUUAGCAGUAUUGAGAGAGAAAUAGAUGAAAUGUUGAAUCAUACUAAAACCAAGUUAUCCGAAGGAGGAAUGGACUUCAACGACGAAUUCUUCUCGUUUUCAUUUUUCGAUUCUGAUUCUGAUUCGAAAUCGGAAGAACAAACUGCAGCACCUGAGGCAGAAGCAGAAUAGAAUGUGAUAUCAAAAAAUACUCGCGAACGAUUUACAUAUUACAAUAAUCUUUUUAUCAAUAAUAUCCAAUAAACAAAUUAACAUAGGAGCGGAGAUUUCUCACCACACAG